AUGCUUGAUGGCACACGAUCGGAUGGCUCUGUUGCGAGGGAGACAAUUCAACAAGAGGAGAAGAACGACCAAAUCGACGACAACCGGUCUCGCCUCCUCCACGCUCUCGACAAGACUUACACCGCUGCCACCGGAGACUUUGAGCUGAAACUUUCACAAAGCCUCGACGUGGUGCGGCGUGCCCUCAACGACUUCGGCGGCGAAACGGGCAGGGGUCUUGCGAUAUCGUUCAACGGGGGAAAGGACGCGUGCGUGGUCCUGUAUCUGCUGCUCUUCGUUCUGGCCGAGAGGGACGAGCUUUGGCGGCUGACGAGCUCGGCGAGCAAGCAUAUUCCGGUGGUGUAUUUCGAGAAGGAAGAAUUCCCCGAAAUUGACGCCUUCAUGCAACAAGUGUCAGAGACGUACCAGUUCGAGUUUCAGAGGUACUCCAAGUCCUACAAGGACGGCAUGCAAGACCUCGUCGAAUCCCACGGCAUCAAGGCCGUUAUCAUGGGGCAACGCCGUGGAGACCCAUGGACCGAGGAUAUGGAAUGGUUUACCGCGAGCACCCCGGGUUGGGCCGAAUUUACUAGAGUGAACCCCGCCCUCGAGUGGAAGUUCUGCCACGUGUGGCGUCUCCUGCGGGGUUCCGGCCUGCCAUACUGCGUCCUCUACGACCAAGGAUACACCUCGCUGGGGGAGAGGGGCGACACCUCCAAGAACGAGGCGCUGCGCCUGCCCGACGGUAGCUACCGGCCGGCGUACGAGCUCGCGGAAGAGGAGGAAUACCUGGAACGCUCCCCGAGAACUCCGACCCCCGGCUCCCCCCGGUCUCCUUCUCGCGUUUCUCCUCCCCGUGAAAGGGACGACGGGGGUGGCGGCGAUGAGGGAAACAAGCGUUUCUCCUCGUGGGAUGAAGAGUGGGACUCGUCAGCCGGCACCGCUCAGGACAGACCCGCCGUUGCCGCCGAUGACGGGGGGCAAGACAUCUUGGACGCCGAGACAGUUAGCAGCGGCGAGUCAGUGGGGGCCGGCAAGGCGCUGGGUAUCGGCGGCAGAACCGGUCCUAGCGGUAACGGGGCGUGCUUGCCGCCCCCGGUCAAGGAACGCGGUGAAGGGAGCUUAGUCGGCUGGGUCGGGAGCCUGCUGCCGGUCACGACCAUCGCCCUGGCUCUUGUGGCGGCGGCGGUCGGGGUGCGCUCGACGUCCGGGUCUUCCAGGGGAGGCGUACACGACAACAGUGCCCCGCAUAAGGGGGACUGAUUCAAUGCGGAGCGCGCUCCGGGGGGUCCUGGGAGAACAUGUGCCAUCCCCGCGAGAGGGCACGGGCGUUGUGUGUGGUGGGGUGUCGUGGGGUGUAAGCGAGGUGUUUGUGGGGCAAAGAGUGUGCGCGUUCGUGCGUGUGUGCAAACGUAUUGUCUUGGUGGCGUCAACCGCGCCAGUCGGUUGACGAAUGGCGUCUGUCUCAGCUGGAUUACAGCGACGAGGGUUAGGUGGGUUUGUACCUCGACUAGGGGUGGUAGUCUUGUUUUACGUGUUUUCGUGCGAAUGACAAGUUAAUUUUUUUGCUGUUGUGUUCGGCAUUUGCGGUUAUCGCCAGCAGACUCUUACUCUGUUUUGUAGAUAGAGGUACGAUGUUUUGUUUUCUGUGCUUAAAUCUUGGAACAGCCUUUCACUAGUGAUGGACGGCACGUUGCCAAAUGAGAGUGGGGUGUGGUAAUUUUACACGCAAGGUUCGUGUGCUUAAGUGUCACGAAACGAAACUAUUCCGCGUGAAGCGAUGGUGGUAUAGUUCGGAGGGGCGGGGAGGCAUGCUGACACACGCACAACCCAAAGGGUGGCCUUGAUGGAAUGCCUAGGACAUAACACUGCCGUAUUCGCCGUCGCGGCUGUGUGAGCUUGUUCUGCUGUGCAUGUGUAUAAAGUGAAGUUUGUUUCAGGCAGUGAACGGCGUCGGAUGAUUUUUUGUGCCAAUGGGGGUGGUGUUGUUUACAACGAGGCGUCUUGACUGUGGGGUGACGGGUGUAGCCAAGUGGCCGUGAGGGGAGGCGUGUGCGGGAUAGGACUGUUAUCACUGUCGCGUGUGACCUUGCGGUGACAGCAUCUGCAGUCCACUCAGUGUUAAAAGGGGACGUACGUAGGGUUGGUGGCUCUUGCAGCACAUAGAUACACACCUGUACACCGGAGAGCAUUUUCAUGGGUGUUACGUAUGCGGGCUUAGAGACGUAAAACGCCGAAAGCGAGGCCGACUGUCCCGUCCAGUUUCCCGUAUUUCCCGUAGUUAACCCAGGGUGGGUUAUAUUCUCUGUUUUUUUAUUUUUCAAUGCGUAUUGCAUACGAAACACCACGAACAGUUUUAUCUACGGUUAUGAAGAAAAAAUCCUCUCCGCUCGCGACUUGAGAGAA